UCAUCAUACUACUUCGCCAAGUCUCCCAACACUUUUGUCUUUAUUCCGGUUGACGAUUGAUCGUUUUAUCUUCCAAAACAUGGAGCUGGCCCAGACCCAGCUAGCUCGAGCUGUUCCACCUUUGCGCCGGAACGCUGGGACUUCAAAUCCAUCGAUACACUCCGACCGUCUUGCCCUCACCUUCAUGUCUGAAUGGCGUUCAUUCACGAGAGACGCUUUUCAAGUUUUUCGAGAAGCUGGAAUCACCCACGAAGUCCCAUUUCAUGAUGAGACUGAGCUAUACACAGUCGGAAAUGAACUUGGCGUAUCCGGUAGGUUCGUUCGAAAUCUUUGCGAUCCGGUUAUGAAGGCCCUUGCACCAUUACCGGGUAUGGCUUCAAUCCGAUUCGCCGAUUUCCAAGCAAGCUCCACCUCAGAAGACGUUGUUCCAGAUGUAUGUCUGGGUCUUAUUGCGAUUGACCCCACACCUGAUAAUGUUUAUUUGGUUGGAGAAUUAAAGACACCAUGGACCAUCCCCGAUGCAUAUCUUCAUCUAAACCGACCUACAUCUUAUCGCCUCGAGCCACUGAUAGGACAGCUUGUUGCUCAAAUGCGCACGUGUUCGCUUCGCUUUGGAUUUUUAUCCACCUACAACUCUACGGUUUUCGUCAAACGAGCAGCGGACUGUUCUUUUCUCCUUUCGCCGCCCAUCAAGCACGACACUAUGCAGCCUUCCCUUCGCCAGUUGUUUGCUGGUUUUUGUCUAAUGGCCUUGUCGGAGCCAAAGUACUUUGAAAGUCCGUCAUUUCAGCCAAGAGAUCUACGAGGCCCUCCUCCUCUCCGCGUCUCCGCUCGUCUACUCAGAAAUCCCGACGAACCGCCCCUAUCAUUGACGAACGAAUUAGACUCUGUCACGUCGAAUAGUGUUAUCGUAAACACUGACAGAUCUCCCCCCACAGUGAUCAAUUGCGUUCGCCAGUUAUCAGACCCAACAGUCAAUUCCAAGGCAACCUGGCUAGCCACAAUAAAUGGAACGCCUGUGGUUUUAAAGUGUUGGCAGCUCAAAUAUGAAGAGUUGUUUGAUGCCGAAGCGGCGGUUUAUGACCGUGUUUGGACUCAGCGGCCGGCUGGUGUUCAUAACUUUGCUAAGUGGAUCUUGAGGGGAGAGAUUGUGUGCUCGAGCAUCUUCCCAUCGGGAUAUGUCCUUGUGUUAGAGCAUAGAGACGGGAUGCGACUUGACCGAGUCUGGCAUACUCUAUCCGAGAUCGAACGAGCCCAUGUUCAGUCCCAAUGCCUUAAUGGCAUUCAUGCUUUACGACAAGUGACCGUCCGUCUUGAUGAUGCGGGAAUGCACAAUAUUCUCUAUAGCAGGGAGAGUGGUGUGGUAACUUUGCUUGACUUCGAAAGUGCGCAGGAAGUUGAAAGCCACUCAGUGAUCCCUGCGUAUUACGAGAUGGGUGUCAUGUUUGGUUCUGAUUUUCUGUUGGGACGUCCGUCUGGUGGCUAGUCUUAUGGUUAUGGAUUCGGUGCAUUGCUUCAUGUAUGGACUCUUCUGAACAAUCAGAAGCUCAAAGGCCGAGAUCGCAAUGCUAGAAUGUAGGGCUAGGCCCAAAUGUCUUACGCAGGCGAGCACUUUGGCUUAUAUUGAUAUCCAGCAUGCAAGCAAUCCAAGCCCAGAAUAAUAUAGAGAGAAACAGGAUCCGGGUUGUACAGGAUUCUCG